AUGAAUAGAGUAAAAGAUCAUAUCUACAUGAAAUGUGAAAAAGGGAAAAAGUAUUAUGAAACGAAAACCAAAACAAAGAAAACUGGGUGUCCUGCAGGAAUUAAGUUACGGACUAGAAAUGAUAAAGUACAAAUGGAGUAUUGUUUCCAUCAUAAUCAUUCGUUUAUAGACCAUGAUGAUACUGUUUCAGCGACUGUGCGGGAUCCCGUCCGUACUUGGCUCAUUAAACAAGCCCUUGAAGGAAGAGAUUGGGCUUGGGUUAAUUCUCAAAGAUCAAAAGUUAACUUUGGUACAAACAUUGCGAGUUUAGACCAUAGUUUAAAGUUCAAUUGUCAAUUAUAUCAUAGAAUUAGACAAAAAUUGGGUAUUUUCACUGGUAGGGUCUCUUCGAAACUAGAGGAAAGUCUAAUAGAGUACCAAGACAUUUUAUCACAGAAUGGAUAUGUAAAAUUUUGGCUGAACUUGAAUGAGAACAACGACAACAGCAAGCCAAGAACGUGGGGGUUUGCCUUUGCAACUGACUAUAUGUUGACUAAGCUACAACAGUAUGGGAAUACAAUUUUUAUUGAUUCAACGUCUAACAUUGGAAAAAGUGACAAAAUCACUGAGAGAGUAUUCCUUUACACAGUCAUGGUAUUAGAUACCAGAAUCGGUCAACCAGUUCCAAUUGCUUGGCUUUUAACACAUACUCAGGGGUCGUGCCCACUUUAUUUACUACUUCAUGACUUGAAUACAAGGCACGGGUUAAAUCCUUCUUUGAUCUGUAUUGACUGUGCAAACAUUGAGAGAAAAGCCAUUCGAGCAGCGUUUCCAAAUGAAAAAGAUCAUGAAGUUUCAUACUGCUUCUAUCACCUACACAAAGCACUUAAAGGGAUCAUAAAUAGCUAUAUUACGUUGAGUCGGGGUAAAAUAGAUUUUGACGGAUUGCUUCAAAAAGGGAUACUUACUCGAGAUAUGAUAGAAAGGAAAAGACACCUUCAGACUAUGGGAGAUGGAAAAGAUUACAGUUCAGUUUCUGAUUUCAUAAACUCGAUAAUUGAUAUUACAACCGGUGAUAUUAAAGUCAACCCGAUAAAGAAUUUAAUAAACAAUCCCGAUGAUCAAUCACCUGUUGAAAGAAAUGUCCAUGACCUUGCUGCAAUUGAAGAAUUUCUUGCCUCUGAUAACUUACAGAAUGAAAAAAUUAGAAUUGGAGAACCAAAACCUUUUCCCCAAACACAAGAUGAUAUAGUCGAUGUGAAACGCCUAGCUACUACGGGAUUCUAUCAAAUAAUAUCCUUGAAAAACGAAGAAGAGGCUAAUCAAAAAAUUCAAGAAUACACCACAGCAUUCAUAGAAUAUCCCUAUUAUAUUAUCUAUAUGCACUAUUGGUUGAAACAGAAAGAAUGUUGGUUAAAAGGGUGUUCGGUCAACCAAAGUGGAAUUGACUUUACCAGUAAUCUUGUUGCCUCCUGGCAUUCUAUAUUAAACGAGAAAGUCUUGAACAAAUCAAGGAUGGCAAGGGCUGAUAUUAUAAUUUACACCCUUUUCUAUGAAGUUCUUCCAUACUAUGAGAAUAAAGAUGGUGUGUCUGAUGGAAAUACCAACAAACCAAAUCUUAUACAAGCCAGUAAAAGGAAUAAAGAUACAGUUGAUGCUUUAACAAUGGAAGACCUUGAAAAGAGAGUGGAAAUCAAACGUUCAAAAAUAUUAGUGCAAUCAUCGAGACAAGAAGACAUAUUUUAUGAAAUUAAAAAGGACGAUGGGAAUAAAUAUUCAUGCAAUUGCGAAAGCUAUCGACCAAUUAAACUAUGCACACACGUUUACAUAGUUGCAAGGUUUUUAUCUGUUCACCCCCCUAAAAGAAUGUCCAAUAAAAGAAAAGCAGCAGCAACAACCGAAACCAUUAAUAAACUGCAAAAAAUUGCAUCAGUAAAAAACAAUGAGACACAUGAGUAUCAAGGGCAAUCUGUUCAACCAGAAUACCAUGCUAGUCUAACAGAAGACCAUUCUUUUCCACUAACUCCAUUGACUUAUAAUUAUGACUCAAAUAGUACAGAUUCACAAUUCAAUUCAUUUAAUCAACCAACUACCGAGAUAGACUUUCCUGAUAUAAAUGAGCCAGAUGGACACAUACCAUUAAUUACAAAAGAGGAAAUUAACAAAGAUAUAGCCGAGGCCAUUAAAGUGUUAAAGGAUACCUCCAAGUAUGUUAGAGAAAAUGGGUCUUAUGAGGAAUUACUAAAGUUUUCUAAUCACACAAGAGAUUUUACCUUGAAUGUAAAGAAGUUGCUUCUGAAUAAUCCUUAG